AUGCAUCUUGGCAAUGGUUUUUUUGAAAAAUUACGGGAUGCCAUUGCAAUUGAAGACUUCUCACGGUUAUGUAUAAUUUCAGACAGAAAUCCUAGCGUUGAUAAGGCAGUUUCACUUGUACUGCCUGGUUCAUUUCAUGGUGCAUGUAUCGUCCAUAUCCAACAGAACAUGAAGACGAAAGGGUUCAACGAAUCUAUCAUCCCUAUAUAUCUUAAAGCUGCUAAGGUAUAUCGAAUAUCUGAGUUCGAGCAUUUAAUGAAUCAGUUGUGUAAUGUCGACGGAGGUAGACCUUACGCUUAUUUAGUUGAAGCUGGUUUCCAUAGGUGGUCUAGAGCACUGUCUUCUGGUAAGAGAUAUAGUAUCAUGACGACGAAUAUUGCGAAGUGCUUGAAUGCUAUACUACGAGAUGCUCGAAGUUUGCUGAUUACAAUGCUAAUUGAACAAUUGCGUGCCAAACUUCAGGAAUGGUUCAGUGAUCAUCGUAAUACCGCAGCAUCUGUCACGUCUUACCUAUGUUUCGAGUGUGACAAGGAAGUUAGAAAGAGAAGCAAUAGGUUGCAGCGACUAAUAAGCCAUAGUGAGUACUAUGUACGAGAUGGUGAUCAAGAUGGACAAGUCGAUCUGCAAAACAAGACCUGUUCAUGCCGGGUGUUUGAUCUUGACCAACUUCCAUGUGUACACGCAUUGGCUGCAUGUCGAGUUCGGAACAUAUCUUUUAAUUCGAUGUGUGCUCCAUACUAUACAAACGAGGCCAUAAUUUUAGCUUACGCUGAACCUAUAUACGCAGUAACUAUUGAGGAUCAACAGUUCGUUAGCGAGGACAACGUAUUGCUCCCGCCGGCGACUAGACGUCAAGGGGGAGGCCAAGGCAACGAAGGAUCCCAUCAUCUGGUGAAACUGUAG